AUGGAAGAACAUAACACAAAUGUUCAUAUUAGAAAACAGCAUGGGAACCAAGUUGUUGCAGAGGAUUGGUUAGUUAAAUUGCCUAUCAACUGCAUGGGUCCAUAUCAAUUGGUUCAACAGAAGCGAGUAAAAGAAGUGAAUUCACCGUCAGAUGAUCGUUCCAAGAACGUGGGAAUUCAUAAUCGCAGCACAGUGUACGCCGAGAAGAAAAUUUCAGAGUUGGGUCUAAAGGCAAGAAAAUUCAUCUAA